AUGGAAGUGAUUGAUGACGAUAUAUCACAUAUUGUUAAUAUGUAUCAGUUACAACCCACAAGCAGGGUUACCCUUUCCUUUCUAAAAGAUAGAAUAACUCACUUCAAAAUAGGAAUAAUUGCUAACGAAGAAUGGGUGACCCGUUACAUUGAUCAAGAUUUUCAUAAACAGUUUAGGAUGAUGAAGAACACAUAUUGGGCCCUUGUCAACACGGUCCGACCUUAUUAUCCUGUCAAGUGCCAGAGAGGUGAUGCACCUUUGGUGACGGUUGAGAAAGCUGUCCUGAUGACAUUAUGUUAUCUGGGGAAGCAUGUGCCUUUGUCUGAUAUAGGUGACCGAUUUGCUGUGGCUCAAAGCACAGUUGUUAAGGAAGCCAGAACUAUCAUUCACAUACUGUGUGAUCUUAGAGAUACAUUUAUUGUUUGGCCCAAAGAGAGUGAGUGUGUGGUACUGAGCAGGCAAUUUGAAGCACGUGCAGGAUUUCCUGGUGUCAUUGGAGCCAUCGAUGGUUGCCACAUUCAAGUCAUACCUCCAGCAAACCAGCAUUCUAGCUACAUAGAUCGCACAUGCAACUACUCUAUUACACUUCAAG